AUGAAGAAAGCACAUUUGGGCUCAUGUGGAGCAUAUCAAUCUGGUCCUAAGCUCCAUUGUCACAUCAAGAGGAUGGGCUACUACUGGCCAAUAAUGGUGAAAGACUGCAUGGAGCAUGUCAAAAGAUGUCAAGUACGACAUACCAAGAUAAUAAUCAUUGAUAAUGGAACGCCAUUUGACAACAAGCUCGUAAGGAGUCUAUGCGAGAAGUUCGAUUUCAAGCAAAAUAAGUCUUCAAUGUAUAAUACACAUGCCAAUGGCCUUGUUGAAGAUUUUAACAAGACGUUUGUUAAACUUUCGAAGAAAGUUAGUGCAAAGAACAAGAGAAACUGGCAUGAGAAAAUUGGUGAAGCUUUGCGGGUAUGCCGGACAACCUUUAGAACUGCUACACAAGAAACUCCAUACUCUUUUGUAUAUGGCAUAGAAGUAUUCCUUCCAUUGGAGCAACGAACUCCAUCAUUACACAUCUCACAAGGACUCACUUCCAAAGAUAAUGCUCAACUUUGCCAAGUAGAGUUAGAGACAUUGGGUGAGAAAAGAUAG